AUGUGGCUGAACCCUCAAGAUUUCGGGGUAACGCAGUGUAAUACACAGACAAACAGUUCCGCCAGAGUUCAGUCAGCCCCGUCAGAUCAGCAACCCAUGCGGGCUGAAACGGGCGUUCACGUGUUUAAACAAAUUAGUGUCACAGGUUUGACCGAUUCGAUGCGGGUGGAUUCGUGGAUCUCUGUACAGACCGAAUCCAAACCACAAAAGAGAACCGGUAGACAACGGCCACAGAAAGUGAGUAGUGCAUCAGUUACGCCAUCAUAUCGAUCGGACUCAUCCGAACGGCAAAGGCCUGUACCGUAUGAGUCGGUGGAAUUCUUCCCGAAACCAGCGAAAUCAGAACAUCGAGCACGACAAAAGCAGUUACGCAAUCAACCCAUAUACGAGCGUUUGCCUAGUUCUCUGGAGAAGAUUCGCAGUUUGCCCAGUGAACCUGCGUCGCGUGAAGACAUAAAGAGUGUAGAUGUUAAGGAGGACAUGGGCCCGGUACCAGUCGGGACAAUUUCAAAAUGUGAUUCCUCAGUUCAAUUUCGACAAAAGAGUUUAGAUGACAGGCCGCUAAGUGCCUCUGUAGAAGGAGAGCCCGAAAGGCAUGUCGUUCUCAAUUCAGGGCUAGGUAAACGGUGUUCUGACACGACUUGUAAGUGUCAGAAAGCCGCAGCGGUCUACCAACUCCAAGACGGUACAUAUUCCAGUGAAAGCCAGUUGCCCGCAUCACCCUCUAAAAGUGCAGGACAGGAAACUGUCCCAGAAGGACAAUUAUUCCCUCACCUUCGUGCCAUUUUGUCCGAUGAAUACGAAAGAACUGGUACCAGACCAAAUUUGGAGCCCGAUUCAAACGUAGACGCCGCACAGUCAAACGAGUCGAGCGAGCCUCGAGCUACUAUGCACCCUGAAGCGGUAGAAUCACCCAAUUUAGACCUGAAAAAUACACCGAGUAAAGCUACAGAUGUGCAGCAGAAUAGUCAGAAACUUCAGACAGCCAACAUUAAUCGUGAAGGCAUUCCAAGUCUGACGACUCGCCAAAAUGUGCCUUUAGCAAUGACUAGCGGAACGCUGGAAUUCACAGCUGUGGACGUCAAUAACAUGGUCCAGUUUAGCUCUCCCCACAUUCAGCACUAUUCAUCACUACCAAACGACCUUAGGUUGGCGUUGAUAAAGGCCUUCGAAACAAUGCUGCGAAGCCACCUUGGACCAAAACGUCUGCUUCGAGCCACAUGGGACUGUGUCAUAAGACUGCUCAUCACUAAAUACGGAGUAGCACGAGGUGAGAACUUUGACAGCAGGAUGAGUCCGUCAGCUGUUCAGGGCGGCGAGACUGUGAACACUGGAACGGUCGGAUCUGAUUGUACGGAUCCUGACAAUCCAUCUGAGGUAACCAAUAUCUUGGGCGAGUUGUAUCAGGAAAUAUUCGGUUCUGUUCCCGAUUCUUCAAAACUCACAGAGCUAAUGAACAACUAUAUCACAGAUCUCGAUCCAGAGCACUUAAAACAUCUGUUCCAAGAGCAACCUAUCAAAGUUGCUUCCGAACCGACUGAGCAACGAUUACAAGAUUUGGAACAAACUUAUCAAAAGGUUGCACAGAGUAGGUCCUCUCAAUUGCAACCUAUCCAAAGGUCAUCACCGAGCAUUCAGUUAGUGUUUGGCCGCACUUAUGAGGAAGCAGCAAGAACAGGAAGUGCUCCACCUCGGACCUCUUGGGCUUAUCUCAUCAGCCUUAAUUCCGGUCAGGUAGAUUGUUCGCCGGAACCACUGCAUACUGAACACCACCAGAAAACACAGCAGUUAACACCAGCUUCAUCAAGUAAGACUAAAGAUUUUGAAGUCAGCGAGCUUUCAACGGCUCACCAACCAAGCCUGCCAGUGGACCGAGGGAGCGCAUUUGAACGGUCUGUUGAUGGUAAGACCCGGUCCGAAAAGACACAUUCCUAUCCAUUUCUAGUUCCAAGCACAAUUCCGGGGGCUAUUCAAAGCAUGAAGGAAGAACUGACUAUCUAUCAAUCCGAAGCGGCUCUAAAUGAAUCUGAAGUUAUUCAAUCCGGCUCUACGUCGGACAACUUCAGGGUUGCUUUUGCAGGUGCGUUUGACGAAUUACUGCAGUCCGAACAUGGAUGGCAUUGCCUAUUUCCAGCGGCUGCCUGGAAAUACAUAUCAAGCUGUAUCAUCCAUAGACCUUCACACCCUGCAUCAGAAGCACAAAAAGGUUGGACAAAGCAUACCGCAGACAACUCUACACCUAUAGCUGCAACUACCAAUAGUUCUCGUUCGUCCAGAACGGGUCCGCUUAGAAUAAUGACAUUUGAUCCCAGAGCGGUAUUUGAAAGUGCCUAUGAAGAGGUCAUACAUUCUUGGUUAGAUUCAUCCCAUCUCUUCCUCCUCACAACUUGGAACUAUAUCAUGAACUUUUUAGCCCAAAGACAUCCUGAGAUCAUUGAAAAAAUGACUGAAAACCUCAGACAGACCACCUCAGUCAGUAUGGUGCGGAACACUGGUGCCCCGUCCGAUUUCCCUAGAUGUUCUCAUGCCGGUCCAGAAACUGUGGAAAGAACACAUCCAAACGCCCCUGAGAGCAUCUUUUCCAUAACUCAAGGGGAUAUCAGGUACUUGAAUGGUAUUUUGGGCGAGUGGUUGAAUGCGGAUGUGGUUCCGAUACUGCUUCAGACGAGUAGUGCACCCCAUGGCCCCAUUCGUUGUCACACUUCAGUGGGCCUAAAAAAUGAACAAUCUCAGGAAGUUGGUGGCGGCAGCUUACUGACAGUACAUUCGGCUUUAGAAUGUGUCUGGGUUGAUCCUAAACAGGAAACGUGCCUGCUGAUAACUCUAUCUAGUUCUAUUGAGGGAAUCGUAUCAAAACAAUCCAAGUGUUGUCUAAUCACAUCAGCGAGGCUGGAAAAAUAUCACGAAAUCGAUAGAACCCACAAAGGCUUACAUUACCCGACAUUCGCAACUGUUACAAUCCAAAGUACGAUUGUGGAUCGUGCAGAAUUAUAUAUCAAUAUGGAAUGCCUUACAAUUGAGCCAAGUAUGUAUAUUCUGAUGUCUGUUGUGUUGAUUAGUCCCGAACACCGAUUGACACUACAAACUCUUGCGGGUAGCACACAGUACCUGAUCAAUAUCAGCGUGAAUCUCUCUCACUCCGGUGUUACUGUGUACCUGGUUUCGUGUGCAUCGAAUGUCUUGGAACCAUUACAAUCUCAAGGCUACCUUCAUAUCCGUCCGUCUCGUAUUCCCGAGGAUUAUGUGACACGGACCGUGGAGAUAAGUCACGUGGUUUCGAAGUUAGAGGAUUCUGGAAUACAAUCCCAUUCGGCGUACUCGUCAAGUAAACGAACAGCCAGGGGUCACCGUUGUUUGAUAAGGAAUCCUCCAGUGACUCGUUCUCACAGUCAUUCCGCAAGACUUUCUCGUAGCAGUCCGACGAUACAACCCCCUCCCUAUCCACCCCAUAAAUCUUCGUUGGGUAAUCAGAUCCGGACAUACUCAGCAGCGAUCCCAAACAUGCAAUCGACAAACAGCGACUUGGAAAGGGUCAGCAGAGUGGUAACUUGGGAUUGGAAUCGGCAGUUUGGUCAACUCGGUCAGUGGAUUCCAAACUGUCAGGAAUUCGGACGGGUAAAUAUGCAAGAUGAAUAUGAGAUACGGCGAGGAGCAGUGCCGACCCAGGGAAGUCAACCUUCAGUUACAAUCAACCUGGGUGCUCUGGCAGCAGGACAGCACUACGACCUAGAAGUGGGCGACAUAACUGGAUUCCGGAUAGGGAUCAGAGCUCAUGGCGCACCGACAUCUCAAACGAACGCAACCGGAGAGGCAAACAUGGACGGAGGCAAUGAACCGGCAAUGGAUACAGUUAAUCAGAGAUUUGGGAAUGAAAACAAACCUUCCAAGAAUUGUAUACCCAUAACCAGAAUAUUCCGCCGAAAAUCUGCAUCGCAUUUACGAUGAACCCCAUCCAAACGAAAAGCGAACGACCAAAAAACGAGCACUGCGCGCUGAACAAAGCCCCAACCCAUCCUGUUUCUCACUGACUGGCAACUUAUUUUUCGUAUUCCGUUACCCCCAAUGAUUUAAACAUUUCCUUGACAUUCAAUUAUUCACUUCGUUGCGUGUACAUUUUGGAUAACAAAUUGC